AUGACUUCGCCACCAAAGUACGGCUCAACCAACGGCGGCGAAGACGCUAGCUCGUCCACGCCGCUCCUUGGCCAGUCCUCGGCGCCCCAGCAGAAGGGCAUGGCAGGCCUCGGUCCCGACGACUUUGCCGCCGCAACUCUCGCUGCACAGGCCGGAAGCAGCCGCAACGCGUGGAUGGACCAGCCGGCCGAGGACGACAUUCCUGACGACUUCAAGAUCGGUGUCGUCGUCGCCGACUGCGACGAGGCGAUCCGCCGCGCGUUCAUCCGCAAAGUCUACGCCAUCCUGCUCUGCCAGCUCGGUCUCACCGCUGCCGUCAGCGGGGUUCUCAUGCUCCCUGGUCCCGGGGCGUAUGUCCAGAACAACCCGUGGAUCAUCAUCGUCUCGGUUAUCUGCUCGUUCAUCAGCCUCUUCGGCGUGUACUGGAAGCGCCACAACUACCCGGCCAACAUGCUCGUCCUCACGGCGUUUACGUUCUUCGAGAGCAUCAUGAUCGGCACGACAUGCUCGUUCUACGACGCCAAGAUUGUUAUGCAGGCUCUGAUUAUUACCACGGGUGUGUUCGUCGGCUUCACGCUCUUCACGUUCCAGACCAAGCUCGACUUUAGCAGCUUUGGCCCAUUCCUCUUCGGCGGCCUCAUGGGUCUUAUCACCGCGGGCCUCGUCGGCAUCUUCAUCCCCUUUGGCAAGACGACCGACCUCGUCAUUGCGUGUAUUGGUGUCCUCGUCUUCUCCGGCUUUGUCCUCUACGACACCCAAAACAUCAUGAAGCGUCUGAGUGUUGACGAGGCGAUUCUCGCGUCGCUGUCCCUCUAUCUCGAUUUCUUGAAUCUAUUCCUCUACAUUCUGCGUAUUCUCAACAACUCGAACAACGACUAG